AAAACCCACCAACAGGUUGCUAGUAGUGCUACGGAAAAGCAGGAAAGAUGGACUCUGAGUUAGGAUAUUCCAACUUUGAGUCUGCAUUUGCAGAUGAUGUUAUUCGCAAAGGUUUCAUCAGGAAGGUUUACUCGAUCUUGAUGGUUCAACUCUCCAUCACAUUCGGUAUAGUGGCAAUGUUUCUCUACAUUGAGCCCGUUCAACAUUACAUGGCCACUUCUGGAGACUGGCUAAUAUACACGUGCAUAUAGACUUCACGGUAAUGACAGGUCUGAUGCUCGUGGCUGUCGUAGUGCUCCUUAUCUUUGGCAUCUUUGCAAUUAUCUUCAACGACAGGAUUGUGAAUCUCGUAUAUGCUAGCCUGGGUGCACUCAUCUUCGCUGGGUAUCUAGUCAUUGACACCCAGCUGAUGAUUGGAGGCAAGCACAAGUACUCGCUCUCACCGGAGGAAUAUGUCUUCGCUGCCCUCAACCUCUAUCUGGACAUCAUCAACCUAUUCCUAUACCUGCUCAUGAUUAUCAAAAAUGCCCAAAACUAGGUGGCACCACCUCGCUGUGUGCGGGACGAUCUGAGAACUCUACAUCCCGAUGGUUGUCAAAAAUGCCUAAAACUAGGUGGCGCCACUGCACGGUGUGAGGUGAUAUGAGAAUGUCGUCAGCACUCGCUUGUUUACGCUACAUACGGGUAAGAGCGAUCCCAAGGUUAACGUAUAGUCGCGAGGUAUGUGUUCGAGAUUCAAUUGUCGCCUUGUUGAUUGUAAACGUUACAGUUUUCUGGCUGAAGUUCUAAGUAAUUGUGUGAUAAUGAUGUGGCCACAUGGAUUUUUACUUUUUUCGUAGGCGUGUUUUUUUUUUCAUGGUGCAUUCAUUUCUUAACGCACCUUGUUUAGUUCAUAGCUUACUACUCUGAGCAAGCUUGCUGCGUUUUGUUCCACCUCCAAAUUCACACGUUCUAUAUUUUUGUAUUUUACGUACAUGUAAUACGUACAUAUAGCCAGAUACGAAGUGUGAGGUAUGAUUAUAAGCACAUAUCUAUAAUAUAUAAUAUAUUAUACUAUAUAUACACGCUGGUGUAACAAACAACAUUACAAGAGUAUAUGAGAAAGAAUAUUGAAAUUAUGGGUUGUGUUUUCACUGUUUAAGUGACUAGCUAUAAAGUAGUAAGUGCCCAUACUACUUUGUAUAAUUUAACAACUACAAUAAGCCUUUCCCAUAAUUGCUAUGUAUAAAAUAACUAAAAUUAAAUUGGAUAUUCUUAGCAUGUAUGUCAUUGUAGAAUGUAGAGCAAAUCUGUGGAAUUGUAUGGAAUAGCCUAGUAUUGAUGCAGCUUUGCUGAGCAGGGAAUUCUUGUUACCUUCACUGUGAUGAAUAUUUAACGUUUGUAAAGUCUUAUGACGACUGAUGUUUAUUUUAUCUUGAUUAUGUUAUUUAUCUUUUUGAUUUUACAAAAGUGAGACGAAGCCAGAAUUACUUUGUUAGCAAACGAUGUAUAUUCAGCAAAACUUGUCUCCGAUUCCAAGCGAUUAUUCAUGACAACUUACGAUGAAAUUGAUUAUUCAAAGACUGUUCCAGCAUAUGUUCAGCCUCUCAGUGUCAACAAAUCUACAUUUGCCAAGCGAUUUUAAAUACAACAUAGUCUUUAUCACUUCA